AUGCCAGCAGAUGCGGCGCGUGUGAAAGACUCGCCCGCGUUCCUGGCGAGACUCGCCGAGAGCUGCGCGGAGGACGAGGUGAUCGAGUUCUUCGACUCAGCUGGCGGGCGUACCCGGCCGGGCCUUCCCGAGCGGGCCGAUCUCGCCCCGCAGCCCGACGACUGGAACAUCGGGUUCCUGAUCCGACCCGUCGCGUUCCCCGACCUCGCGCCCCGGGGCGAUCCAAGGCGCAUCGGCUUCCAGCACUGCGUCGGCGGGCAGAUUGAUGGCGAGAGAUACCUCGCCGUCGACGAGCGCGAUGGCGACGGCGCGGGGGGCGACGAGGUCGCGCAGGAGUGGGCAGGAUGCCCCGGCGGCGGCUCGCGGGUUGCUUCAGCGGGCCGGCGGUGCCCCCUGCGCGAGCAGGUCAGCCGCGUAGCUCCAGAGAGGAGGGCCGACCUCGACCUCGAGGCUCUCGCCGAGGCGGGCGGCCGCGACGCAGACAAGGCCACCCAGGCGGACCUAGUUGCCAGGGUCACCCGGUCGAAAGGAGCAGCGGGGCUCCUGGUGCUCAACGGGGCCAUCGAGCGCGAGCCGCAGACGUGGCCCGCCCUCGUCGACGCCGCGGCCAUCCCCGAGCUCGGCUGUGACGCCACAGGCGCGCCAUGGGGCGUGGCGCUCCAUGGCGGGCAGAGGGUCAGAGCCGGGCGCCUCGAGGACAACGGACGCUGCUGGGAGAUGCCUGCGUCUCUCCGCGCGCUGCGCAGGUCGCGGCAGCGCGACUUCCGCGGGGAGUCAAUGCCGCUCCUGGCCGCCGGCGUCGCUGGCGCGCAUCGGGUCGCGACGGGGCCCGUGGGCGCAUCGUGCUCGGGAGGCAGCGCGCAUUCCGCGGAGCCUCUCACCCUCGCCCUCGGCAUCCCGCCCAGCGGCGCGGCGAUCUUGUUCCGGCGGCCAGUCGCGCCGCCCAGGAACGUCAGCGCUGGGCUCUCCGGCGCGGAGAAGAAGGGCGACCGCGGGCCGAGGGUGAUCAUGCGCUGGCGUCUCCGCAACGCACUCGAUAUGUCCCUGAGAGAUGCCCUCCGCGAGUGUGCUUUUGCCGCGAGGCUCCCCCGGCAGUCGACGCGCCUGCCUUGGGCCCUGGCCCCGGCCGCCAGAGAUUGGUUAUUUCAUUUAGAAAUUGAUCGCCCUAAUCUUGCAAGCCUCCAACGGUUCACGGGGCUGUUCCCCCCGAAGGGCGGGUGCAUGUGGGUCUCCGCGGACGACGCGGAGGACCUCUUCUACCCCCUGCAGUGGCCGGGCGCUGGGGCCCAGGAGACCGCCCUUGGGUUUGCCUCGACCGCGGGGCCAUUGAGCUGCUGGGGCGGAGUGCCCCUGCGAGGUGGACUAACUCCGCCGGUGCGGUUGCGGCGGGAUCGCCUGUCCUGGCAGAUCCAGCGCUGCCUGCGAUCCGCGGGGUGCCCAGGCGGGUGCGCGCAGAAGCUGCCCUUCCGGCUGCCCGCGCGCUCGCUGUCGCUGGUGGCGGCGAUGGAGCAGGUCAUCCCCGGCAAGCUCGCGGAACGCAUCCGCGAGGACGUUGAGGAGCGCGCCGGUGACGACGACGUGUGCCUGGGUGGCUUCAAGGCCUGGCAGGAGGUGGCCGCCAAUCGUAACGUCAUCUUUGGCAGCCGCGUCGGUGUCAAGCAGGGCACGCCGGGCAUCAUCAUCGGGAACUUUACCGACGGCUUCCACGUGACCGUCAAGUUCGACGAGCGCGAGGACGGUUCGGAGCUCUGUGUCAACCUGCUCCCGGAGGCCCUGAUGGCGCCCCUGCCCGGCGGCUUCCGCCUCGGCCAGCGCGUGGUCGCGCUGUACGACCUGCUGCUGAACGAGGAGGUCGGCGUGCGCGUGGGCACGGCCGGGGCCAUCGUCGGGAGCUGUGCGCCCCUCCUCGUGUCGCUGCUCUACUUCGUCUGGGUGCUCGUGCCGGUCGUCCUCGGCUCGUUCGACCUCCCAUGUCGAGAUACAGAGGUGGAGCGUUGA